GUUGCAGAUUAUUGGCACAAUAUAUUAAGAACUAUUUAUGAAAAACUACAUCAAAAUGUCAAAGGAAACGCAACAGUAAGAAAUAGCAAUGGAUGACAAUGAAGCGGACAUGCAGUUGAACGAAUUGCAGUUUGUCUGGGAGGAAAUGACACCUGAACUUCAGAACUCUGAGGAGGAUCAAUCAACCAACACAGUAUUUCCGAUUUAUCAACAGCAGUCCGUCCAGAAUGUAUAUUCAGAACAGAAUCAGACUCAUGCUGAGGAAUUAGCUGACAGCGGCACUUUGCUAUCAUCCCCAAGCAAUGGGAUUUAUCUGUCUCCAGAUAAUGAUUUUCGACGUGAUAGUGUUCAGAGUAUGAGCGACAUUGAUGAUAAUGUGAUGCGUACAAAGCGGAAUAUCAAACGUAAUGGUACACUCCCAAACUUAUCAAAAGGUUCACAUUUCUAUUUUACGCUUCCCUAG